CCGCCUCGCACGCUCGCGCGCUCCGGAACGACGCACGCGCACGAGACGCCCUCCGCGCCCCUCCCGCGAACACGUGCUUUCACAACCCACCGAUGAUUUUUGACUAACAACCAUGCAAGAGCAAAGUUCGUCGCGCUCAAGCAAAUCCACCUUGAACUCACUAGAAAGCGCAAUCCUCAAGCUCAAGAAUAAUCUUCAAAUACAAGACACCAAGAGCUCCUCAGACAUGAACAGCGUUAUAACCGUCGACCCGCCGUCACCCCGGCCGGAUACGAAAAGCAACACAAGUAAGAGUCCUAGCACAACUACGAAUCUGAACUUAUCGAUUGCAUCAGCGGCAUUGUUACAAGAAAACAUGCUACAAAGAUCUCUGCAAGGUGUUGUUCUAUCCUUACAAAACGCUAUGAUGAGUUCUUUACAACAAGCCGCUUUGCUGCCUUCCAAUUCUGCAGCUGCCGCUGCUCUGAAUUUACAAGCAUUGGAAUCUUAUUUGACUUUACAACGUUUAACAUCAGUCUCAACUGUAAGUAGUACAAUUCAGCCUAAUACUUCUGAAAGCAAUUCGACAUCCAAGCAAGAUAUACUGAGGAUAGCGACGGCAAGCGCUAAGAUAAGUGAAAUUGACGCUACUGAAAAUACAUCUCGGGAUUUUUCUCCUAAAACACCUGAAGACUAUCAACUAUCUGAUGCAAUUGCUGCUGAAGAUGUAGACUUAUCAGAAGAAGUCGAAGAAGACUUGGCUUUAUUAGAUAACGAAGAUGACUUCACGUUAGAACAACAUUUGGAAUCGACCUCAAAAGGCUACGGCUAUGGAUCGUCGAGCUUAGACAAUGGGUAUCCAAGCCUUUUAAUGAAUUCCAUGUAUCAACAACAAAUGAAUGGAAGCCCGUCUCAAGCACCUUUGUCACCGCAAGCAUCAAACACAUCUAGUUCCAAAUCAACGAAUAGCUCAACGUCUUCCACGGGUAGCAAUAUAUCAACCAAACAAAAGACAACUGGAAGCGGACCUAGGACAAAAAAGCAAUUUAUUUGCAAAUUUUGUAAUCGACAAUUUACGAAAUCAUACAAUUUGUUGAUACAUGAAAGGACUCAUACAGAUGAGCGGCCAUACUCCUGUGAUAUAUGCGGCAAAGCUUUCCGUCGGCAAGAUCACCUUAGAGAUCACAGGUACAUACAUUCGAAGGAGAAGCCGUUUAAGUGCCUGGAAUGCGGAAAAGGAUUCUGCCAGUCGCGAACACUAGCCGUCCAUAAAAUUUUACAUAUGGAGGAAUCGCCUCAUAAGUGUCCAGUGUGCAGCAGAAGUUUUAAUCAACGAUCUAAUUUGAAGACACACCUUUUAACCCACACAGACAUAAAGCCUUACAACUGCUCUUCAUGUGGGAAGGUGUUCAGGAGGAACUGCGACCUGAGACGCCACAGCUUGACGCACAACCUCGUCGGGAUCUCUUCCGUAGCCACUUCACCUAAUGGCAGCAAUGGCAAGAGUCCUAUUUUAAACCCAAACUUCCCAAUUGAUGCCCUUGACACUGAAGACGAAAACUAAACAGCUCUUAGUGAUAAAAUAAAAGAGAGUCUUUAUUGAUGUUGUUUAGUAAAAGAAAAAGACUGAAUAAGUGCAUCGUAAUUUAGUGCCUUAUGUUUAUAUGUUUUUUUUACCCAAUCUAUGUGACUAAGGUUUCCAGCAUUUAGAUUUCCAGUAAUAUUGUUAUUUUAUGUUUGGGACAUCGCGCUAGUGCUUGAAAAAUUGUUUUGAUCUUUUAGUAUUAUUUCGACUGUAACAUUUUGUAAAUUAUCUGAUCUCAUUUGUGUUUGUAAAUAUUAUUAAGAUUGACUUAUUGAAAUUUAAAACUUUCGCCGUCCUUUAGCAUAUAAGAAAUAGUAGUGAAUUUUAUGUAGUUAUCAAAAUAAGUUAUUGAUCUUAAUGCAACAAAAAGUAUCGUUGUCAUUUUUAUAUUAUCAUGAGAUAAUGGUAAUAAGGUUUGUUUUUGUUUUCAUACAAUUCUACGGUACUAUCAAUAAACUACAUUCCUACUAUAAGUAUUGAAAUAAAUUAAGUCUUCCGCCAUUAGCUUCAUUGAGAAUGUUUUCGAAUCUUAUGGAUAAAAUUAUGUAUGAACAUAUUGAUAAGGGAGA